CCACAAUCGGCCAAUGCCAGACCGAGACAAGCGCCGGGACGCAGCACGCGUGAGGGCGUGGUGGCGCUCAUCUUCGCAGCGAGACACAGAGAUCGGCCUCUCAGGGCCGCGCAAGUGAGACACGCCGAGCAGCAUGUCCUAGACACGCAGCGACAUGGCCGCUCCAAGAACAACGUCGCUCGCCGGUCGCAACAAGGGUUUGAAAGCCCGACAGAGGCGCUUUCUCAGCAACGACAAAGAGAGCCUUGCGGCCGAGCGGGGGAGGGAAAUUCCCGUCCUAGUUCAGAGUCCAGUCCACGAGCGCCUCGCCUCAAGACGCGCACUUCGAAGCGCAUUCAAUGGCUUCUGCGACACUGUUGAAGGGAAACAAGUCCAACAACGCUUCACCUGGACCUUCCUGUCUACAUCCCAGCAACCCGAGCCACUCGUCCCCCACCCUGGCCGCUGAAUAUUCACCCACCCCCUUCAGAGCACACCACAAGUUGACAAAGGAGCCAGACGUCGCCAGUCGCUCAUUCGCGGCUCCUGACGCCGCUUGCAACGGCUAAUCUGGCACACACCAACGAGCGGGCGGACGGGCCAUUCCCGCCGUAACGCCUCGCCGGCGGCGCCAGGACCAAGCCAAGCUUCGCAAGCCCACAGACUCCCGCCCAUGGACGCUGGUCAUCCAUCGGCGGUCCCACCACGCCGGCGCCAUAUUGGGCAGUCGAGACGCUGCUCAGGGUCCUCAUCCAAUCGUUGCUGCAACCGCCCCAAGCUGCCUCUCACUGGACGCACGCUGCAGCAAGGCCCCUCGACGCGCAGCGGCGCAGCUGCGCCCGCAUCUCGUCGACGCUGGGCCACCGGCGUCCCCAGUCGCCGAUCCUGGCCUUGCAGAGCUUGACUCAACCACCCGAUCUGAUCCAACUGCCUGUCCCGUCUGGAAGAAAGGAAAGCCCAGCAAGCCGCAGGUUGGCCAUGCUGCAGGAUGCUACUGCAGCAGGCAGGACAGGGGUUGUCGCCGCCCUGCUCCAUUUCAGCAUGAGGUAUUGUCGUGCUUCCCCCAAAGUACCAUUGUCUGCCCGUGCGAAAACUGGGUAGGCCGAGUCUGUUGCCAGCUAAAUAUCAUGUGUUGCCACCCGGACGGAGGGCAGUGUUGAAAUCUGUUGAUCCUCUCAUACCGCGACGGCCGUGCCGUCUGUCCUAGUUUUGCCUGUCAUUCUGCCUCUCGCCGCGCAACCAGCACUCUUCCCAACAACCGAGCCCGUCACGGCUUCAUCACACGCACAUCGAUCCCCGUUAAUCCCGUCGAGGUUUAGCCCGUCACUCAGCGCCAAAAAGCCUGCCACUUCAUUAGACGCGGGCGGCUCUCUCCCACCCUCCAUCUCUGUGUGACCUCGCCCCGGGCCUACCCUAGCCCGCUUACCGGCCAGGCCGCCUUUAGCCCGCCACCCUCCGCAUCUGGCGGGCACUUUGUCGUCGGUGGUGCCAGGUCUUCUCUUCUGGUCCUCACUCACCUUACCUUCUUGGUUGUGUUUAAGUUUCUUUGAUUUUCCUUCUCACUUGUUGCAUUGCGAGCGAGCGAGCGAGUGAGUGUCUUGGCUGCACUGCAUUCUAUCACACACACGUGCCGCGGAAGUGCGCUGUGGUUCAUCAUUUUCAGCUUUUCCUCGAGCAACCCUAUAUCUCAUACCACGCUUCAUGGGGAUGGUUCACGUAGCGGAUUAGGCAUGCUGGAGAGUCCGGUUUCUCAGGUCGGAUAUUAUGGCGUCACGGACUGGUUAUGGUCUCCCGGCCAGGCCCUCCGACGGAUACAGGCCGGCGCGGAGGGCCGAAGGACCACGGAUGGGCAUACCUAGACCAACACAUCCAGCAACGGGAGGACCCUCCAUUCCAGCGCCGCAGUUCAAGAGCUCCAUACCUCACCCUGGCGUGAGGCGUACGGGACUCCCGCAGGUUUCCAAGUCGGGCUCGCAACCCAGCUCAUGGGGAUCCGCGAGCAGGACAUCGGCGGAAUCCAGAUCGCACGCGCAGAGCGGGUCAGGCUCCUCGUCCUCGGGUCGCUCCUACGAUGAGCCACGACUUAGACAAGCGGAGCCCCUGAGGGCUUUCAAAGGGCCCAACCUUGGAGGGGCACGUGCGUAUCAUCGCAACGACUCAACCAGCACGACCUCGUCGAAACGGCAGUCUUUGGGUUCUAAUGAGCCCGGGCUCGGCAUUCAGUUCGACAGUGACAUCACCGCGAGUCCGUCUCAGAUUCACACUGCCGAAAUGGUCGAUAUUCGCAAGUCAGCAACGAGGUCCACCGUGUACCCGGAGCUGGAUCGCUAUCGAGAGUUUCGGCGACCCGACUACGGACGACACCAUAUUGUUGACGUGCCGUUUCGCCUGGCAACGCACGAUCUUCCACCACCAACGCCGGGGUCGGCUGUCUUCUCGGGAAGCAGCAGCCAAAUCAGCGCCAUUAGUGGCAGUCCUUCCACCAAGUACUCCGAGUCCCCGGGCCCGGGUCCGUACAGCCGCGACACAACGCCUACCUCCAUGUCCUCACAGUCUCCCGUCUUGGUCGCCCCGAUACGAGUUGCAGCCCCGCUCCGACUCAGGCAAAAUAGCCCUGCCGUCUCGAGGCCGCCCGUCACCCGGAGGAGAGCGGGUAGUACAGGGAAAGCGGUCGACUCCGAUCAGGGGCUCGCAGCUGUAAGAGAGUCCAUGGCUUCUUCGUCUUCCAAUUCCACUGUCCGAGACGGUGACAAGAAUAAGAAACGGGACAAGAAGCCGCGACUUCCACCACCGCCUCCAAGCCCUCCGCCACGAAAGUCCUCACAGAAGUUUCGCAAGAACAAAGACGCAUCAGCCCAGCCAGAAAUUGCCAGUUCAAGGACUAACGGCGAAUCAACGAAUGGACUCGGAACCUCUCCAAAGGUCGGCCCGCCUCCUCGUCCGAGCCGCGAUGGCACGCCAGACAUGCAGUCGCAACUGUUCGAGCCAGUUCCCGUCAUUCAGAGCAAUCUUGUCUCAUGGGAGAGGCGUGGGAGUGAGCCGGUGACAAUUCGGUCCUUGCCAGGCUCGACAACGUCGCUACCGCAGAUGAACAAGAAUGCCUCCACUCCCCAUCUGCCUACAGCAACGGAAACACGACCCCGAACGGCGCAGAAGCAAGGGGGUUCGAGCUCGCGGUUUCUGUUCUUUGGACGCAAAAAGGCUCCUGGAGAUGUUGAUCAGAAGGGAGCUCGCAAAGGCCCUGUCGCCGGCACCGGUCAUGAGGGGUAUGGAAGGGUUGGCGCUGUGCGGCGGCGAAGCGCGUCGAAAAAUGACCCCAAAUCUUCGCAAGACAGCCUUGUCAGCGAUUCGUUCUUGGCAGACCGCGUCAAUCCGGUAGUUAUUGCGGGUGGCGAGGUUGUCGAGAACCGAAACCCCAGCGCUGAGCUUGCUCGUGUUGGGAGCAACCAAAGUGCCCUGGGGCGGCCGAGUAUGGACUCAAAGGCCUCCGCGAGCAAUAUCGCACGGACAACGCUCUGGCCAUCUGCCAUGCCACGCGGUACUCGACGGCCAUCGGACAGCAGCAGCACUGACAGCGGCACCAUGCAGUCUACUUUGGCCUUUCGAAGGUCUGUCCAGCGCCUAGGCUCACCGGGGGAUCCGUUGAAACUGCCUCAUCCCAUCAUCACCAAUGCUGGGCCCAUAUCAUCUCCCAUGACAAGCUUUGACACAAGCAUCUUAUCAGAGGAGUCGCAUUUGGAGAUGCAGAAGGAGAUUUCACGCGAAGGAGAUGUACCAAAAAAGCUCCAGAAAAGACCCCAAUCUCCUCGCAAAUGGAACUUAUUCAGCCGGUCGCAACGAUCACAACGCCCGAAGCCGAAGAGCGAACCCGUCGAAGCCGCCGUUGUCUCCGUAGAAAAGAAGCCAAUUCCAUUUUAUGCAAUGAUGGAAUCGGAGCAAGAGGAAGACCUAGACGUUCAAGAGGCCUUGCGCCGUGCAGACGUCUAUGCUGCGUCUCCAGCCUUGCCGGAGCAAACGGAGCCACUCUUUGUCGCGCCAGCGCAGCAGAUUGUAUCGGACGGCGUGAGUGGCGCGGAGGCAAAUAUUGGGCGAUUGCACCCAGUUCCUGAGAUCGCAAGACCAAGCAGGCUGCCUCAGGUCGGACGCAUCCCGCAGGUGGUCAAGCAGCGUCCGGAGCUGCAGAGCUUCUCUCGGCCGUUCCGUGCCAGCAUGCAAGCGCCGCCCGCGAUAAACCCUAUUUACGAUCCUUAUUCUAUUGCCAAAGGUCCCACUCCGCCGCGGCCAUCAACUCCGGCUUGCGAAGCAGGGGAGGCACCUAAGGAUCCGUCAAAGCUGUCACCGGAAGUGACGCGUGGCGAACGAGAGUUCCUCGCCUUUUCCCCGCGAAAGAACUCUGAUAUCACGAUCGGAACGAGCUCCAGCAGCUCCGGCCCUUCUUUCAUGGCGACGGCAAUCAUUCCGAAGCCUGACGACCCGCCGGCUGAAGACGAGGUUUGGGACGAGUACAACGACCUGCUCGGCGACGACAAGGUGCCGCAGUCGGCGACGUCUUCCAAAGAUCCUUUCCACUUGGAGACAUAUCACACAAAGCUUGCCAGAGACAAGCCUCUGGACUCGCCUGUCGUCCCAGAGGGCCGCAAGGAGCCGCAGUCCAAGCCAACAAGCUCGACGUAUAGUGCCGACAUGACUGAGAGGAUUCGCAAGGCCUUUCAGCCUCACCUGAGCCCAGCUGCGACAGACGCCAAGGCGGAAUCAAAACGCAACAGUGCCUCUUCGGGCAGGACGGUCUUUUCUGACUGCAGCGCGGCGUCAGACGACGCUUCGCCCUUGGCGCAGGUCAACCUUCGAGUAGGCUCCAUGACGGUGAGCAAGUGGCUUACCUUUGGGCAUGUGUUGUUUAGCGACAUCCGCCAUGAGCUUGCCGGUAAAGAUGCCCCGAGACAGUCGAUUGUCGUCAUAGACAGCCUCGGUAACGAUGACUGGUCUUUCUACGCCGCCGAGACAUAUCCCGCCGCUUCCUUUUACAACCUUUCCCCGCGCGCCCCGCUGCCGGCCGCGGCGCAAUCGCCGACGAGCUUUCCUCUGAGCCCGCCAAAUCACCACCAGGUGCAGUACAUGUCUCACAGGGACAGGUUUCCAUUUGCGGCUCAGAGCUUCGACUGCAUGGUCUAUCGGUUCCCUUCCGCCGGGUCAGAGUCGCAGUAUCGCAACAUUGUCAACGAGGCACGCCGCGUCCUACGUCCCGGAGCGUUCAUCGAGCUGUCUAUUCUCGAUGUAGACCUCAACAACAUGGGGAACCGUGGGAGACGCACGGUGCGGCGUCUCAAGGAGCAAAUUCAUGAGCAGGCCAACGAUACGAGCCUGGCCUCGGUCGCGGAUCUCAUGGUUCGCCUCUUGGGAAAGGCGGGCUUUACCAAUAUCAAGGCCGCCCGCGUUGGUGUCCCAGUCGCGAGCUCCAUCACGCGUACCGAAAGCAAGGAAACGGAUGCGAAAGCCAAGGACGCCAGCCUCGCUGACAUGAUGAAGGACAACAGUCCGAUGGCGGAUGCCAACAUCACCAAGAUUGUGACUCGCGUGGGGCGCUGGUGGUACACGCGCUGCUACGAGAAUGCAGCCGGACCCGCCAACAGUAUUUGGGCCGACAGAGCCCUGCUCUCCGAGUGCGAGACCUUUGGCACCAGUCUGAAGCUGAUGGUGUGCUGCGCCCGUGCGCCCGACCGAAUUGUCAGUUUCUAGCUAUUUCCUUGGUCAUGAAGCAGAUGAAGGGGCGCAAGCCCGCCAAGCCAGACUUGGCCUUUCCUACUGUUGCCAGGCGUGCCAGCUGCGAGGUACGCUGUGCACCUAGGUUAUACAAGCAUCGGCUCACGCCAAUGUUGCGGAGUUUUAUAUUCUUGCCGCAGGACGGAUUUUUGUUCUAUGAUUAGUAGAAAUAUUCAUAAUGGUGGUCCACUGGGACUAACGCGUCAUGUCUGGUGCGACACCCAGGCAUGGCAGGCUGAUGGAUGAUGAGGGAACGAAUGAUGAGUUAGGAACAUGCAUGGUCGAUACCCAGUCUUGGAUAGCGAAUAUACAGCAAGC